AGGAGGUGAGACGUAGGUCACUAGUAGAACGCAGAUGUUGGGAGGUCAGGUCCCUCUCAAAUCCAGCCGUUCUCACUAGUAGAGGUUGUCGAAGUUGAAUGCAUGUCUGUACCAAGAUACCCUUGUGUUGCAGUGUCUGACAGAUUGAACAUUAAAAUGGUAUAAAAUACCGACAGGCUGUUUGGUAAGACACAUAUGCAACAGUUAGGUAUCUUUAUUUCGAAACGUUUCGCCUACACAGUAGGCUUCUUCAGUCGAGUACAGGAAAGUUGAUAGAAGCAGCCUCCGCCUGCUUCACCUCACCUCACUACAGUAUAUAAGCCACGUCUACGGCCCUAUGCUGUACAUUCUACAAGAUUGAUGGACUGAACACAUCGACUCCAGGUUGAGGGACUGAUUACCUCAUUCUCCUCCUCUCCUUACGCCUUCCUCUUUGUAUUGGACUGAUGAAGCCACUGUGUGGCGAAACGUUUCCUGAAUAAAGAUUCCCAUAUGCUGCAUAAGUGUCUCAAUCUUCAGACUUGGACCUGCCUCGCAUGGGCCAGUAGGCCUGCUGCAGUGUUCCUUCGUUCUUACGUUCUUAUGUUCUUAUUACACCUGAUAAUGUUGAAGUGAUGUAUGUAUUAAUGAAUGAGAAGCACUGAGUAGGCCUACUGGCCCUACAACGGUCAAGGCCUCUUUACUGAGAUGUUCCUAUUUCAACAGUCGCUGGGGAACCACGAGUUUGACGACGGUGUGGGGGGCAUCGUGCCCUUCCUUGAGAACAUUACUUUUCCGGUUUUGGCUGCCAACAUUGACGACUCUCUGGAACCUUCCAUCCAGGGCAAGUACCACAAGUCCGCGGUCUUCACCUUGUCUGGCCGCAGUGUGGGUGUUGUAGGCUACAUUACUACAGAGACCAUGGUUAUCGCCACCCCUGGCAGACUGAUCAUCACCGACGAGGCAGCAGCAGUGCGAGCAGAGGCCAGGAAGUUGAAGGAACAAGGAGUGGAUAUUAUCAUUGCCUUGGGUCACUCUGGCUACAGGAAGGACAUGGAGAUCGCUAAGGAAGUGGAGGAGGUGGAUGCAGUGGUGGGCGGACACACCAACACAUUCCUGUAUACCGGUACGACCCCCUCUACGGAGCCCAAAGUAGGAGCGUACCCGACGAUAGUGAGACAGAGCUCGGGCAAGCAGGUUCCCGUGGUACAAGCCUACGCCUUCGGAAAGUACCUGGGCAGGCUGGUGCUGACCUUCAACGAGAGAGGCGAUGUCAGUGCAUGGAAAGGCAACCCUAUCCUCUUGGAUAACACCAUCCCACAAGAUCCAGAGAUCUUAGCAGCGCUGGUACCUUACAAGAAGAAGAUUGAUGACAUGGUGACUCAUGAGGUGGGCAAGUCCUUUGUUUUCCAGGACGGCAACAGGCUCUCCUGCAGGAUGAGAGAGUGCAACCUUGGCAACCUGCAAACGGAUGCUAUCAUCCAUAUGAAUGCCAAGUAUCCAGACGACAACAAGUGGGCACUGACCAGCCUGGCUGUUCAGAACGGUGGUGGAAUCAGGGCGUCCAUUGAUGAGCGUGCCUCUAAUGGUGUAAUCACCAUGGAAGAUAUACUUACUGUGGCGCCUUUCCAAAAUACCAUAGACAUCGUUGAGCUGAAGGGCAAACAUGUGAAGGAAAUGUUUGAACAUUCAGUGAGUCAUUACGACACUCAGGCGCUGGAUCAUCCUGGAGGAUUUUUGCAAGUCUCCGGUUUCGUGGUGGUGUACGACGUGAACCUUCCCGUGGGUUCAAGAGUGGUACGUCUGCAGGCCCGCUGUCAGGAGUGUCGCAUCCCUGAGCUCCAGGAUGUCAAGGAUGACCUCAUCUACAGGAUAGCUAUGGCAUCCUUCCUGGCCAACGGCGGCGAUGGCUACUCUGUUAUCAGAGAUAACAAAAUCAAUCACCACCUGACUGGUCUCCUGGACACAGACGUCUUCAUGCAGUUCAUCCAACAGAUGAGUCCUCUUUAUCAAGGCUUGGAAAACCGCAUUCUCUUCGUGGAUUCCAACGACCUGUGCCCUGCAUCUACAAGGUUAAAACUGUUGAAGACCAAGAAUGAGAGCACGUCCAGCAAUCGCAUCCUCACACCUCACCAGAUGUGGAAGGAAAUGAUGGCCCUCCAUGACGACUAUUACCAAAAACAUUUUGUUUCCCCUGCAACAGUAACAUCAAAGAAAACGGGACGUUACAGAAAACUUGACAAUAAGGAAGAAUUUGAUGGGUAUCUCACCAAGAUUUCUCAACACAUUGUCACGGGAUCUAAUGUUUGAUUACAUUAAUUGACUGAUGUUAAUUGAGGCUAAAUUCAUUCUAAAUUACUUUUCACAUACAGGUUUUCACUGGCUGCUUUAUACACAUUAAUUACAGGUCUACAUCGGUGAUAAUGAGUUACGGUUUAUUAAGCUUAAAGACACAAACAAUUAUCUUUCCUUCUAAGGAUUUCCACCCACUGCAGAUUCCACCCAACUGCAGGUUCAACCCACUGCAGAUUCCACCCACUG